CCUCUACCACCAUCACCCAUUAAAUUGUGAGGAACAAAGCUGUGUUUUUGCAGCAGAAAUGACCCCUCAGUGUCCCUCAGCACCACGUCCAACCUUUCCUUAAACACCCCAGGGACAGUGAUGCUACCAUGUCCCUGGGCAACCCAUUCCAACGCCUGACUGCUCUUUCUGAGAAGAAACGUCUCCUCAUUUCCAACCUGAACCUCCCCUGGCGCAACUUGAGGCCAUUCUCUCUUGUCCUAUUGCUAGUUAUCCGCGAGAAGAGGCCAACCCCCAGCUCCCCACAACUGUAGUUGUAGAGUGCGAUGAGGCCUCCCCUGAGCCUCCUCUUCUCCAGACUAAACAACACCAGUUCCCUCAGCCACUCCUCACAGGACUUGUGUUCCAGACCCUUCACCGGACACACUACUUGGCCUUGAUGUCUUUGUUGUAGUGGGGGGCCUGGAACUGAACACAGUACUCGAGGUGCAGCCUCACCAGGGCUGAGUACAGGGGGACGAUCACCUCCCUGCUCCUGCUGGCUACUCUAUUUCUAAUACAGGCCAGGGUGCCAUUGGCCUUCUUGGCCACCUGGGCACACUGCCGGCUCAUGUUCAGCCAAGCAUUGAUCAACAUUCCCAGAUCCUUUUCCUCUUCACAGUCUUCCAGCCACUCUGCCCCAAGCCUGUAGCGCUGCAUGGGGUUAUUGUGGCCAAAGUGCAGGACCCGGCACUUGGCCUUGCUGAACCUCAUCCCAUUCGCCUCUGCCCAUCGACCCAUCCUGUCCAGGCCCCUCUGCGGGGCCUCCCUACCCUCCGGCAGAUCGACACUUCCCCCCAGCUUGGUGUGCCUGCAAGUCUGCUAUCGGUGCUCUCCAAAAAGUCCCAGUGUCUAAGAAAGGCUCCCAAUGCCUGGGAAGAGGGAAAUAUCACAACAGCCUUCAAGAACACCACGACCAAAACGCAGGCCAGCCAACUUCACCCCUGUCCUUGGGAAGGCUGCAGGGCAAGUGCUCCUGGAAACCACCUCCAGGCACGUGAUAGGCAAGAAGGGGGCUGAGAGCAGCAGAGCAGACUUGAAGUCAAACCACGUGGCCGGCCUGACCGGCCUCCGUGACACGCGGCCGCGUGGAUGAGGGGACAGCAGCGGACACUGACUGUCUUAACGUUAAGGAGGCCGUCAGCAAGGUUGCCGACCGACGGGUUCCUGCUGCUGGCGCUGCUGCUCUACGCGCCCGUGGGGCUCUGCCUGCUCGUCCUCCGCCUCUUCAUCGGCCUGCACGUCUUCCUGGUCAGCUGCAUCCUGCCCGACAGCGUCGUGCGGCGGUUUAUUGUACGUGUGAUGUGCUCAGUGCUGGGAUUGUUUGUGCAGCAAAACGAUCCCCAGCUUCGCGACGUCAGUGUGCAGGUGUACAUUGCCAACCACGUGACACAAUUCGACCACAAUGUCAUCAACCUCCUGACCUCAUGUAAUACGCCUGCGUUGAAUGGUGCUCCUGGCUUCAUCUGCUGGUCACGGGGGUUCAUGGAGUUGGGAGUGACAGGCAGCCGAGCAGAGCUGGUGGAUUCCCUGAAGGCGUAUUCAUCGCACAGAGAGAACCCGCCGCUGCUGCUCUUCCCAGAGGAGGCUGCCACCAACGGCCGGGCUGGCUUGCUCCGCUUCAGCUCUUGGCCGUUCUCGAUCUUGGAUGUGGUGCAGCCAGUUGCCCUACAGGUUCAGAGGCCUUUGAUCACCGUGAGUGUGGCUGACUCCUCCUGGAUUACAGAGCUGCUCUGGACCUUCUUUGUUCCCUUCACAGUUUAUCAAGUAAGGUGGAUGCCGUCUGUCCCCAGACGAGCUGAAGAACUGAGUGAGGAUUUUGCGCUCCGAGUUCAGGAGCUCUUGGCCAUGGAGCUGGGUGUGGUAUCCACACGGCUCACUGCAGCAGAUAAAGCUGAACACAUGAAGAGGCUGAGACACACGUCGCUUCUCCGCUUUGCCCCAGCCUCGAGCCAGCCUUUGGCAGCCAGGCCCACGUUGCCUUCCAGCCUGCCUGGUGUAGGGUCCUUUGCUCCUGAGGAUGUGCGGAUCACAGCAAUGGCUCAGCGGGUCAAGGAGGUGCUGCCUCAUGUGCCUCUGGAGGUCAUCAGGACAGACCUGGCCCAAACAAACUGCGUGGACACCACCAUUGCCAACUUGCUGGAGGGGAGAGUGCCCUUCUUCCCUGAAAGUGAGGCUGGUGCUGACCUGCCUGCCCCGUCUACCUCCCAGGCUGCAGCUGCUUCUGGCAUCCAGGGCUCCGUAGCAGUGCCUUCUCCCAAGCCAGCUACAAAGCAAUUCGCAAAGUCCCCGGUGGAGCGGCAUCUGUCCUUGCAGGAGCGGAAACGAGCGCUGUACGAUUAUGCCAGGAGGAGGUUCGCCGAGAAGCACGGCGCGGCGCGGGCCGGCGGCAGCCCCUGAGCGGAGCGGAGCGGACGGGACCGGACCGGACCAGACCGGGACCGGCGGCGGCGCGGGGCUGGGGGGCGCGGCCCGGCCCGGGAGUGCCCGAGCCCGGCGCGGCGGGGCCGGGCGGCGGCGGCGGCAAUAAAACGGCGGUGGAAGCA